ACUCUAAUUUUCUGUGCUAAGCUAAACAUUUAUUUUUAUAUUACGUUUGUGUAAUCAAUAUAUCUUAUUUAUUAUUUAAAAAACGAGACAUGGUCAAAAGUCAAAUGCUAGAAAAAAUAUAAACUGCCAUUUAAAAGACACAUAUUUUCAAAGGCAAGUCACUGCGUUUAAAUCGUGCUUCAAAACUAAUGCAGAUGGAAAACGGGCGAUCUCCCAAUGAAAAGUAUCUGCACGAUUUUACGUACCAUGGAAAGGAAUUUUCGUUCAGCGAAGCAAAAGAGGUCUUAUCGCCGUAUUUUGACGGCAGCGGAUCUGUGGACCUAGAAAAGGACGAUAAUGGCAUCGCCAAAAUCUGCAUAAACAAUCCUCGGCUCAAGAACGCAAUAAGUGUAAAAAUGAUGUCGGACCUAGACGAGAUCACAGACAAAUUGUACCAGUGGACCGAGUGCAAGGGAGCAAUUGUGUAUGGCACUGGUGGGAAUUUCUGUUCCGGAGGAGAUUUGAAAAUGGCGAAAAAAAUGAACAACGAGAAGAAUGGAUAUGCAAUGUCUGUUUAUAUGGGUCAUAUUCUCGAUAAAUUCAAAAAACUGCCCAUUAUUUCAGUCGCAUAUAUCGAUGGAACGGGUGCGCUUGGCGGAGGCGCGGAAGUGACUACGAUGUGCGACUAUAGGCUGAUGUGCAACGUUACCGAUACCACAGGCAUAGGGUUCGUUCACUCGAAAAUGGGCAUAGUGCCAGCAUGGGGCGCCACCGGCCGGUUGGUUUCCAUCACAGGGAGCGCCAAGAAGACACUGGAUCUGUUGCUGGAGGGCCGGACGCUGAACGCCGUCGAGGCGAUGGACCUGGGACUGGUGGAUGGCACCGUGGCCUCUUUAGAGGACGCUGGAACGUGGCUGUCCAACAAGGUCAGGCAGGACGUAAACGUGAUCCGGGCUAUCAAGCGCACCGUGCUGAGCUACGAUGAUGACGACGAUUCGAAGGCGAAAGCGCGAGAGCUGGAGCGCAAGAUUUUCGCGCCACUUUGGGGUGGCAUCGCCAACCAGGCGGCACUCAAACUGAAACUAAAGCACAAUAGAUGAAACCAGUGCGAGGAGAACUUGACAUCAGAAGAUAGUCUAAUAUUCCACCCACUCAAAACCAGAUUGAAGCAUUUUCUGUCAUAUUUUUAACUAUACCUGCCUGCAGUUGUAUAGUAAAUACCAAAAUGCGAAUUAAUACUAAAUUUAUACUCUGUUGUCAUUAGUACUUAAAAUAACGAUUUAUUUUUUCAUUAAAUAAUUUUAGUUUUUUUGUAUUAUUUCAAUAAAUAUAGAAAGUAUAAGAUAUUGACACA